AUGUCUGCUCCAGCUCCAGCUCCAACUCCAACUUCAGCUCCAGCUCCACCUGGUCAAUCUCAUGGUUUUGGUAUAACAAUACAUCACCAAGGUCAAAACGAUCAAAAUUCAAUUUAUCCAUCACCAGAUGGUGGAACGGGUGAUCCUAGAAAACAAUCAAUUCAUCAAGAGGAUCGCAAUGUUAUUAUCAACGAUGCAACGAGACGUGUAUCAUUAAGUGAACAUGAUAUUAAAAAUAAUCGACCAUAA